AUGAAGACUCCCUCUGUCGCUGUUAUUGCAUGCCUUCUUUCGCCCUUGUUGGCUGCUGCUGUAGCAAUCCCGGAGUCUACAGAAAGAGCAGACGUUGAAGUUCGCUCAAUACUGACCAGGCCAGCCGCUGAUGUCGCGCAAGUCGAGAAUGUUGAGAAUGUUGAGAAGCGAGCAGAUUGUUGGAUUCGAGCCAAUUGGUACAACAACUGGCUAUCUGGCGGUUUUCGCCGCUACGGUGUACGCCUCGAAGCAGGCCCAGACAGCCGACGCCAAGAUCUUUUGAAUCUUUUCUGUGCUAUCCUCCAAGGUAACGCAAAGCCCAACAUCAACAACAAAGCUUGCUACUCUGAGCCUGAUGGCUCCUUCAAGGCGGACAUUACGACAUUCGAGGGUUCGCAUGGACAUGGCCUGUACCUGGACUUUUUCCAGCAGAACUUCAAUGACUGGCGUCGUAGAACGAACUGCGACGUCGACAACCGCAACAUCAUUUUAGAUAACGCAAUAGUGGGUAUAGAUUUUCAUGGUAUGAUUGCGCUGUAUUAUGAAGUAAACGAGACCACUGGAACAAAUCCCUUUGCAAAUCAUAUCGUUACUCCAACCUUCACCGCGCAUCCACACAUCGACCCUCAUGUCGUCGAGCUGGUCGCAUUUAGCCUCGACUUUUCAAACAAGAAAAUUACCUCCUUUUCGAUCGAUCGCAACGGUGUCGUCGACAAUCAGCAAAUGGUCAAACAAACUCUGCUAGGUGCAGUUCACGACAUUGCGAUCACCGGUAACUGGAUCGUUUUUUGUCAGUGGCCCGUCAGUCUUAACGAAAAUGGGAAACCGGGGAAAUCGGAAGUCGUAUGGGAUACUGAGCGGCCCGCUAUGUUUAUUGUGACUCCAAGUCAUCCAGAAGCCCCCUUGGAAGGCUUAGGGUGGAAGCCAUAUGAACAGCGCAUCUACACACAUCCUUACAAUUCCGAAAUGGUUCACACGGAAGGGGCCUGGGAGGUGGACGGAAAGAUAUAUUUUGAGGGCACUUGGCCGCAUCACGCCAUCUUUUCAUUCUGGUCCAAUGAGGACGGGUCACCACAUGCCAUAGAGACGUGGAAUGACCUAGUCAGGAUUGAAAUCGAUCCGAGCCAGCCCACGGAGACGCAAAUUUCUGAUCCGUUUGUCCUUGUUGGUAUUCCGAAUGAGUUUUGCCGGAUUGACGAGCGGUUUCACUGUAGACCCACCGGCGAGUUGAAGAUCUACUAUCCUGGGGAUCAAUGCCGUUGCCAAGAGCCUUUGUUGAUUCCGCGCUCCGACAAUGCCCCCGAAGGUGAUGGCUACGUCAUAUUUGCCGUCAAUCGCCUCGAUGUUAACCUUACCAAUAUUGCCAUUCUUGAUACAAAUGAUUUCGAGACUCCUGUAGCGGCCAUUGAGUUGCCAAUUCGUAUGCGAGCUCAGAUCCAUGGCAACUGGGUUGAUGCAAGAGAGUUAAGUGGAAAGCCUCUAGUGGCCCCUACCCAACUCCACCAUAUGAAUUAUAAACUUUCUUUGGAUGACAGUUUUGAAAACUUCAAGGACAAGCUUUAG